AUGGCACCCAUUCGUGUCGGUAUAAUUGGACUCAGCUCGGUCACAACAAAUAUACCUGGUAGAGCUGGUACCUCUAAAGACGGGUGGGCUGCAAGUGGCCAUCUCCCGGCCCUGCUCGCCUCACCAAAUUACGAAAUCGUUGCCCUCUGCAACACCAGCGUCAAGUCUGCACAGGCGGCAGUUGAGCGCCAUGGCCUCCCAUCCACUACAAAGACAUACGGCGACCCCGAAGACCUAGCCAAAGAUCCCGAUGUCGAUCUAGUCGUCUGCAGCGUCCGUGUGGACCGCCACUACCACCUUACAAUGCCGUCGCUUAAGGCUGGUAAAGACGCGUUCGUGGAGUGGCCACUGGGAUCCAACCUCCAACAAGCGGAAGAAAUGCUUGCUACAGCUAAAAUAAGCGGCAGCAAAACCAUUGUAGGCCUUCAAGCUCGUACCAAUCCUUUCAUCCAUAAGGUGAAAGAUUUAGUUGAGAGCAAGGCAAUAGGCAAUUUACUGAGCUCUAACAUCAUCUUCGACACAGGCUUUCCAGGAGACUCUGAGAUCCCCGGUGUCGAUUUCAUGACCAAGAAAGAAGUCGGUGCAAACUUCUUCACCAUUCUUUUCUCACACGUAGCAGAUCCAGCCUUUUACGCCUUAGGUGGGCUGGAAGACGUUUCUGCUCUGUUGACCACGCGCUGGCCCGACACGAAGCUUUUCCAUCCCGAUGGGCGUUUCGACAAAUGGAUCAAGCGCGAGACGCCAGACCAUAUGAUCAUGCACGGAACACUGUCUAACAAUGCCGCUCCCAUUUCCAUCUUUGUGCGGAACGGCAAGUCGUUCAAGGACACGCCGAACCUGACGUGGCGUGUCUUCGGGACUAAAGGAGAGAUUCGGUUCACAGCUAAUGCUGCCCCGAACAUCGGGUUAGACGGCCAGAAGAUUGAGCUAUUUGAUCAUGAGAAAGAUGCAGUGGAAGUCAUUGAAGUUGAGUAUGACGACAAGGUGAAAGAUUUACCGCCUCUUGCGAAAAAUAUCGGCGCUUUGUAUGAGUUGUUUGCAACGGGUGGUACGGUGGAGCAGGGCUUGGUGGGCUUCGAGGAGGCAGUUGGUAUGCAUAGGAUCAUUGACAAGAUGGAGAAGAGUAGUGAAGGGGGGAAGAAGGAGAAGAUAGCAAAGUAA